GGAGAUUCUGUGCUAGAUGGCGCAGAUACUACAGUCGGCGGCACAUUUUCGUAAUCUUCGUAAGUGCAUCGAGUAGUAGUGAAGACACGAGUACGAGGAUGUAAUGUAUUUUAGGCGUCACGUUGUCGGCAUCGCAUUUGAAUACACGAUUAUUAAGUAGUCGAUUAAUCGGCAUCGGUAUUUCCAAGCCAUGCUGUAAUGCCACGAAACGGUACAGACGAUCUCGGUGUUUUGACGGAACGGAGAUUAGGGAGAUUAGAGUAUAGUCGCCAUCGCAGCAUCGUAUCGUAUCACGGACGGACAUUAUACCGGAUUAUUAUGACAUAAUUACUACUUGCAAGCAAUUUACAGUCAAAAGGAAUAUCAGUGUAUCCCUCAACAUUGGGCCAUAUGAGCACUCUGACUCGCUCGAGCGACCUUAACAUCGCUUCCCGCACCUAGUUUUACAAUUUUUACAAGUAUACAAGUCAGUCGCAACACCUUUAGGAUUAUGGCCAGCCCGGUGCUCAGCACCAUCAAUGGAUACAAUUUUAAAGUCGUUUUACUUGGCGAGGGCUGCGUCGGCAAGACCUCGGUGGCACUCCGAUACGUCGAGGACAAGUUCAACGACAGACAUAUCAGUACGGUGCAGGCAUCGUUCCUGAAUAAAAAGUUAAAUAUUAAUGGGAAGAGGGUGAACUUGGCAAUAUGGGAUACAGCAGGGCAGGAGAAGUUUCACGCAUUAGGACCAAUUUAUUAUAGGAUGUCUAAUGGUGCCAUUCUUGUUUAUGAUAUUACAGAUGAAGAUACGUUUCAAAAGGUGAAAAAUUGGGUGAAGGAGCUCAAGAAGAUGUUAGGUAGCGAAAUAUGCUUAGCAAUAGCAGGUAAUAAGGUGGAUCUAGAAAAAGAUAGGAAUGUCGCUAUAGAGGAAGCAGAAGAAUAUGCCAAACAGGUGGGUGCCAUGCACUUUCACACAUCAGCCAAGUUAAAUCAGAACAUUGAGGAAAUGUUCUUAGACCUGACAAGACGUAUGAUGCAACAUGCAGAUGAGGCUGAACAAAAGUCUACUCUUACAAGGACCAAUAGUACACGUCGUAACGUUGUAGUAGUCGAGGAUGAGAUUGAACAGAGUCAACCAACUAGAAGUUCCUGCUGCACUGGUGGUGGAAGUAGUGGUGCUGGUGGCAGUGGUAGUACUGGGAAAGGCAGUGGCGAUGGCAGCAGCAGUGGUGGUUUUUCGUAGACCUUCCAUUUUGAGUUAUAUUCAAGUUUAAACAAGGUCUAAUUAUGAUAAUCCAUCAGAUCCAUAUAUAUAUAUGUAUAUAUAAAUAUAUAUAUAUAUAUAUAUACACGCAUUUUAGAGUGUGACAACUUUUAUUAUCAUCUAAAAAGGUACUUUAGAUUUCUCAGUGUCAUACUUACAAAUGCCUUACUUUUACGUGUGUAUGUGUGGGUGUAUUAUCCACAUAUGAAUGCACGUGUGUAUACGUAUAUUGAAUUAUACAGAUAUGUAAUCUUGCUAUUUGAAAAGAAAUUGUCACAAGUUAAUUAGCUAAACAUUAGCUAAUCACUAAACAAAAACUAGACAACACGUCAACGCGAAAUCUUUGAGGAAAAA